GUGGGAGAUACAUUUUCACUUUAUAGAAUACCAAUGACUGAAACUUCGAGUGUUUUUGGUUUGCGACAUCAAGCGAGAUGUUUAACAGCAGUGACUAGCAGUAUAGAAAAAAGCAAGUUUUUAGCGGGUACAGUGGGAGCAAAAGACAAUGCGAUUUAUCUUUUGGAAUACAAUGAUGAUACCAUGGCUAUUACACCCACAUUGUAUAACCAUCCCGAAGAAAUAUGGGAUAUCGUCUCUUGUCCAACCGAUGAAAAUUUACUAUUUACAAGUCAUAGUCCAGUGUCAGGAAACCCGUUAAAAAGAAAAGCUACAUUAUGGCGUAAACCUGGUCUGGAUUCGGAAGGAAAAGAAGAUAAUGAUCAACGUCAUGAUUUGACCUGUAUGGUUACUUUGGAAAAUGAAGGGGUUAAAAAAGUACUUUGGAACCCUCAGGAACAAAGUCAGGAAAUUAUAUCAAUUGAUUCCAACAAGAUCUAUUUGUCUAGUUUAGAUGAUACAUCAACAGCACAGACUUCUUUAGUGAUUGAUGUAUCAUCAACGUUUUCCAAAGAAAGCGAUGCUCCAUCAUUACGUCAACUUCAGAAUGCGGUCUGGAAUCCACACGGAGCCGAACUAAUUACUGUAGGAGACUGCAAUCUGUCAGGAUGGGAUUUAAGGUCGGGCAAGAACAGUUUUAAUCGAUGCCAAGCACACAAGAGUACAAUCCGUGCUGUAGACUAUAACCCCAAUAAACCCUAUCAUGUAGUCACGGGAGGAGACGAUGCCAAAGUGUAUAUAUGGGAUAUUCGACAAUUGAAAGAACCUAUUUUGGAUGUGGGGCAAGAAGAGGAUUCCCAUUCACACUGGAUUUGGUCAGUUGCGUUCAACAGCUUACAAGAUCAGUUACUUUUAACAUCUAGUUCGGAUAAUCUGGUCAAUCUACAUAAUGUAGUCUCGGUUUCUGCUGCUUCUUAUUUAGAUAGCUCAAGCGAGGACGAAAAAGAUGUGCAAUCAGAUGAUUACGGGAGAAGCACAAAUAAGCCAACAGAUGGUCUAAUUUAUACUUACGACCAACAUGAAGAUAGUGUCUAUAAAGUUGCAUGGAGUCCAGCAGAUACUUGGACUUUUGCAUCUAUCUCUUAUGCCGGUAGAGUUGUAAUUAGUCAGGUACCAACCAAUGAAAAGUUCAAGAUUUUGGGCGUGUAAAUAAAACAAAAAAAUAUAAUUUAUUAUUCAUG